GGGCACAAGUGGGUUCAGUCAGCAACGGCACGCUGCCAAUAGCAAACAGGAAUCGGUAGACAGAGGGCACACGAAAGGGUGGCCGGUGACCUCCUGGAACGGAAAUCAACGCCUGAAAACAGAUCGCAGUUGGCCAGUUCGAUAGUGGCAGAAAGCAACAGAAGCGGGCUUUGGUUGCUUCGAUCCAUACUGGAAGAAAGUGAUAGUGUGAUAACGAACGAUAAAUCAGUGAAAAGUGAAAAGUUCUUCCGGAAGUGAUCGAACAGUGAACAGCAGCAGAAAUGAAUCGAUUGGUUGUGAUAAGUGUGAUAACGCUAGUCGUUGUAAUUGAUGCAGUAAGCGGUGCACUGCCCAGCACCAUUAAAGUCUGCUCCCGGAACGAUCCCAAAGUCGACCAGUGUAUUAUCGAUGCGGUUGACAUCAUCCGGCCCAACUUGGCGGCCGGAAACUUCGGAAAGGAAUUCGACAUCCCCAAACUGGAACCGCUCUACAUCGAACAGAUCAAGAUGCAACGGGGACAGGACUUCCAGGCGGUGUUCAACAAAUUAGAUGUCUAUGGGUGCAGCAAGUUUAAGGUUGAGCGAUUGCAAUCUAAACCGAUGAAUCUGUCGUUCGAUCUGGCUGUGAACAUUCCUAAGCUGAACUUUACCGGAAAAUACUCGCUCAAGAUGAAAAUGUUGCUGCUGAAUCUGCAAGGAAAGGGUGAUUUGAAAGGAUCGCUCACUAACACCCGAUUGGCGGCUCGCAUCCGAGGUUACACGGAGAAAAUCGACGGCAAGGAUUACGUGCGGUUCCAUCGGAUUGGAAUCCGGCUGAAGGUGGAAAGCGGAACCUUCCACUUGGACAAUCUGUUCAACGGGGAUCCCGUGUUGGGACAGGUCGGCAACCAGGUGAUCAACGAAAACUCUCGAAUUUUCUUGGACGAAAUCAUUCCCGGACUGGAGAAGAACUUGGGCAGAAUAUUCACGGAAAUUGUUAACAAUCUGCUGAAGACUGCCACCAUCGACGAUAUGUUUCCCGAAAAGGUUUAGUAUAGGAACGGAGAUUGAGGGGGGUCCCAUGAAGACAGUGUGGGAGUGUCUCGCACUGGCGGGAAUGAUUGUGAUCUAUAUUGUAGUCAUUUAUGUACAAAUAAAGAAGUGAGCCUUUUGCAGUCUCUAUUUGAGUACGAAGAUGUAA